AUUUCCAUCCAGGCUGUGCCUCAGUCAGAUUUCUGUUUUCCCCACUCCUCUGACCCUCACCUCUAUUCCUUUUUUCUGGUCAAGGAGGCUGAACCAAACAAGGUCUAAAAGAUGAUUCCCAAUGACAUGAAGGUGAAUGGAGUUAAGAUAGAGGGGUUGGAGGCACUCAGCCCCUCGCAGCCAGCUGAAAUCAAUAUCCACUUUCACCAGGAGUCUGCUCUGCCCCAUGUCCUCAAGGCUGGGAAGUCUCUGUUUCAACAUUUUGUUGAAUGCCCUGGCAUUCUGGGGUCAAGAACAACAAUGAGUCGGCUUCAGUUGGCAACCUGGACUACACAGAUAAUAUUGGGAGUCAUGAGUGUGGCCCUAGGAGUCUUCAUCCUCUUGGGACCCGUCGCUGAUAUGUGGUUUUUUGGAGCUCCUUUCUUGACUGGAGCUGUGGCUACCAUAGCUGGAGUUGUUGCUAUCAUUCAAAAGAAGAGGAGAAGUUCCUGGUGGAGCUUCCUGAAAGUCCUGUUCGUUCUGGCUACUAUUUCCAUUUCCAUUGCUGCCGUUGUCUUUGGGAUUCGUGAUAUAAAUCGAAACCCAUUGCCUAGCUUAUGGUAUAUUUGUAGAGGUAAUCAUGCAUACCCUACUGCAAGUACUGAAGAAAUCUGGAACCAAAAGAACUGCUCUAGCCUUGUGUCCAAGUUACAGAACCUGUUUCAUGGAAUUCGGGUCAUGCUGUUCGUCACCUGGAUCACACUGCUGGUGGUGACGCUAGUCUCCAUAGGGCUCCCCCCCAUACAGUCAUGCUUCAGCCGCCAGAGCGACAAACCACCUGAAGAGGAUAAGGAUAAGAAGAAACUACUUGAUGGAGAGCUGAACAGCGCAACCCCCUGCCAGUAGAGUGGAGUUCUGUGAGCCUCAGCUGGGCUCGCCGCUUCUGAAAUGACCUUAUAUAUACACACAUCCUGAUGUCACCACUCAACCCUUUAGUCCUGCACCAGAGAGUAAUAAAGCUUAUCCUGCCACUUCCCACAAUCCAUGCCCCGUUCAUCCUCCCUACUCUAGGGAAAGUCUGAUAAUAAAACUAUGGCUGCUG